CGCUCCCCGCGCCGGGCAGGGGCAGACGGUGGCGGCUCUCCGGCGUCCCACAGCGUGCUACGACCCGGCGGGUCCCGGCCGCGGCUUCCCCCGGCGCCUGCUGCCGGCGUAGAGAGGGCGGAGGGGGGCCUGGCGGAGACCUGUCUUGGCGCCCCUUCCCUUCCUUCCAUUCCCGUCCCCGCGCAGGGAUGCGCUCGGAGGCGGCUCCGCAGCCGGGCGGCCUGGAGAGGUUCAUCAGCCCUGGCAAGGGCCGGGGGCUGCGGGCGCGGCGGCGUUACGCCGUGGGGGAGCUGCUCUUCAGCUGCCCGGCCUACACCGCCGUGCUGACCGUCAGCGAGCGCGGCAGCCACUGCGACGGCUGCUUCGCCAGGAAAGAAGGAUUGUCCAAGUGUGGAAGAUGUAAGCAGGCCUUUUACUGCAAUGUGGACUGCCAGAAGGAAGACUGGCCAAUGCACAAGCUAGAGUGUUCUGCCAUGUGCACUUUUGGGCAGAACUGGAAUCCCUCGGAGACUGUGAGGCUAACGGCGAGGAUCCUUGCCAAACAGAAAAGUUACCCUGAAAGAACACAGUCAGAGAAGCUGCUUGCUGUAAAAGAGUUUGAAUCACACCUUGACAAACUAGACAAUGAAAAGAGAGAGCUGAUUCAGAACGACAUUGCUGCUCUUCAUCACUUUUACUCAAAGCACUUGGAGUACCCUGACAAUGCUGCCCUUGUAGUUCUCUUUGCACAAGUUAACUGUAAUGGCUUCACAAUUGAAGAUGAAGAACUCUCUCAUUUGGGAUCAGCCAUAUUUCCUGAUGUUGCGUUGAUGAACCAUAGCUGUUGCCCAAAUGUGAUUGUAACUUACAAGGGGACCUUGGCUGAAGUCAGAGCUGUUAAAGAGAUUGAGCCUGGAGAGGAGGUCUUCACCAGCUAUAUUGACCUGUUGUAUCCGACAGAAGACAGAAAUGACCGGUUAAGAGACUCCUAUUUCUUUAAUUGCGAUUGCAGGGAGUGCAUUACCAAAGAAAAGGACAAAGAGAAGCUGGCAGUCCGUAAGCUGAACGAGCCUCCGGCGGCAGAGACGGUACGGGACAUGAUCAAAUAUGCCAGGAACGUGAUUGAGGAGUUCAGGCGAGCCAAGCACUACAAAUCUCCUAGUGAACUACUGGAGAUCUGCGAACUCAGCUUGGACAAGAUGGGUGCAGUGUUUGAAAACAGUAAUGUUUAUAUGUUACAUAUGAUGUACCAGGCCAUGGGGGUCUGUCUCUACGUGCAGGACUGGGAAGGUGCACUGCGUUAUGGGCAAAAAAUUAUCAGACCAUACAGUAAACAUUAUCCCUCCUACUCACUGAACGUUGCCUCCAUGUGGCUGAAAUUAGGAAGACUCUACAUGGCGCUGGAGAACAGAGCUGCUGGAGUUAAAGCCCUGAAGAGGGCAAUUGCGAUCAUGGAAGUAGCACACGGGAAAGAUCAUCCAUACAUUUCAGAGAUCAAAAAGGAAUUAGAGGACCACUGAGCCUUUGAAUCUAUGCAAUCCUUCAAACCUUUAUUUAAAAAGCAAGCCUUGUUAUGGAAACCUUCGGGAGCGCUGUCAAAAGCGGUAGAGUAUGAACACAGUUCUGUCCUAUAAUUGGAACGACAAACACCCUUGGGCCUUGCACAAGGUUCCCAGCUUCCACAUACCUACAAUUGCCUUUUUUUUUUUUUUAAAGAAGUGUCCCUGGUUUCAUAAAAGCUAUGCCCUUGGCCAGCUCGCGUGCAAAAAUGGCCUCUUUUUUUGUGUUUGUUUCUUUGUGGAUGUUAACCUGUAUCUUAUUUGUGUAAAGCAAAUAAAGUGGUCUUG